AUGGCAUCACCGUCAUCGAAUCAUAACAGUACGAGAGAAACAACAGCAAACGGCAGCACAUCGUUUGCGAAUUCACUCAAACGUUUCUCCAUAGGCACGGCAGCUUCAACUGCACUACCGAAUUCGCCUUCACCGCAACCUUCACCAAGAUCCUUCUUGUCCCGCGAGAAUUCCACCUCCUUUUCAAAUGACAGACUACCCCCUAGAAGCCCGCUUCAACGCAGCCCCAGUGCCAUGAGCCGCGAUGCGCCAUCCUCUACACCAAGCUUAUUGAGAAAAGCCUCCAUGAAUUCUCUACAUGGUGUUGGAGGUGGUACGCCGCCCCGACCGUCGCCUUCAAGACGAUCCAAUUCGGCGCAAUAUCAAUAUCUGAAUGGUUCGACCAUGGCAGGAAGAUCCGCCCUUCCAGAGAUCGGGGAUGAAACGGAACAACGCCCACGACAUACUGCGAGGUCCAUUGCCCAUAAUCACUUCGAAAAGGAACUAGAGCUUCAGAAGCUAGAAGACGAUACAAGAAAUUCAGAUACUAUUGCCAUCAUCCACGAUUCUUGCUACGGGCAUCGAUUCUCUAGGCCUCGUACCUCCAAAAUAUCUCUCAGCACCAUAGUUGAGAGGCCGGAGCGGAUUCAUGCGAGUAUACUUGGAUUGUCAAUGGCAUACGUUCGUCUUGGAGAGCGGCAUUCCGAUGGUCUAUAUCCCCUACACCCUGACCAUAACCCCUCUAUGAUUCCGACCACGCCAUUCCAAAUCCGCAAGACCACACGCCGACUCCCUCUUUCAUCCCAGGCGGUAACAAAUGUUCAUGGCACUAAAUGGAUGGAGGAAUUGAAGAUUAUGUGCGGUGACGCCGAGGCAAAGUUGGCUAAGAAUGGGAAGGAGCUUGUUCGGCCGGAAAUGGAUCGAAGUGGCGAGCCAGAGGAGCCUGCCAAAUUCCACGAAGGAGACCUUUAUCUCUGCUCAGAAUCCCUGGAUGCAAUGGAGGGGGCAUUAGGUGCAGUAUGUGAAGGUGUAGAUGCUGUAUUUCAGGGGUCUGCAAAUAGAAAAGGCCCAAGCCGAGCUUUCGUCACGAUAAGACCUCCAGGGCAUCAUUGCUCAGCUAGCUACCCGUCGGGAUUCUGUUGGGUCAACAAUGUGCAUGUGGGCAUUUCCCAUGCAGCUCUCACCCAUGGCUUAACGCAUGCUACAAUCAUCGAUUUCGACCUUCAUCAUGGUGAUGGAUCCCAGGCAAUUGCGUGGGACCACAAUACCCGUGGAGUCAACCUACCAAAGAAUGCUCUCCCUUGGAAGAAGACUUCAAUUGGCUAUUUUAGUCUUCACGACAUCAACUCCUAUCCAUGCGAGCAAGGCGAUGAAGAAAAGGUCAAAAUGGCGAGUCUCUGCAUUGAAAAUGCCCAUGGCCAAAGCAUCUGGAAUGUGCAUUUACAGCCGUGGAAGACAGAAGCUGAGUUCUGGCAACUCUACGAAGCUAGAUACUCGAUAAUUUUAGAGAAAACACGCAAUUUCCUGCGCACACAUACUGAGCGUUUAAACGCAGUAUCGAACGGCCCAAAACCGAAAGCAGCUAUUUUCUUCUCUGCGGGCUUCGAUGCUAGUGAAUGGGAGAGCUCUGGUAUGCAGCGUCACAAAGUCAAUGUACCAACAGAAUUCUACGCUCGCAUAGCCCGAGAUGUAGUCAAACUUGCGGCAGAAGAAGGAACUUCCGUCGAUGGUCGGAUUAUCAGCGUUCUAGAAGGAGGAUAUAGCGACAGAGCUUUAUACAGUGGUGUAUUCAGUCAUUUAAGUGGCCUUGCUUCCGGCGCUCCAAUUGUGGUCAAACAGGAACCUGGUCACAACGGACUUGGUUACGAGAUGGGCCAAAAGAUUGGAGCAUAUCAUGGCGUUGAAAGUUACACUACUGAAUCCCUCCAUUUGGAGACGCAAGCAUACGAUCCUUUAUGGUGGUCUCUGCCACGGCUUGAGCAGCUAGAUGCCACAGUCAAACCAGCUCCACCAGCUCCAGAGCCCAAGAAGCCCCGUGCCGGCACUCCACCAACAUACUCCUCCCCGACCCAGUCGUUCAUCGCAAAGGUCGUUUCUCCAAGACCCCAACGAAGUGUUUCAAACAUGUCUAUGGGCAACGGCUCCCCUCGAACUAUGUCAAGACCACCGUCUCCGCCGCCUCCGGAAGUCCAUUGGACUGUCGCUGCACACGAGUUAAGCAAGUUGCUUAUCCCAACAGAUAGGGAAACCAUGAGCUGCAAGCCGGAGGACCUCUCAGCAGAGGCUACUCGUGCAAGACGUGACCGGCAAUCUCUACAGGCCCCUUCCACAGCCACCGCAGUAAAUGGACCAUGCGAGACGGCCAGUACAAGGAUGGCCCUACGUGCUCGCAAGCCCGCAAAACCUAUUGUUGAAGAGGACGACGUGAAAAAACCCAAGACAACCCGCCGCAGGACAGUUGCUGGUGCAGCUAACCUAGCAACUGACAAGCCGCCUACUAGAAGCACCACACCCAUCCCGGUACCCCAGCCUAGCUAUACCAAGCCCACGAGUCAAUCGAAUAGGCGACUGAGCUUGGUUUCAAACGCCGGAUCCGCCGCACCCGAGGCACCGAGACCAGGAGGCCAUAGAAGAGCCCCGUCAAACAGCACGACGACCGCAUAUCAACGACCAGGUACUUCACAAACUAUUCGGCCGGAGUCGUCCAUGAGUUCUCGGGGUCAUUCGAUUCCCCCGGUUGUUGUUAAAAAGACUCGUGCUCCAGCGCAGCCUCGCGCUGCACCUGCAAAGUCAUCUCGCGUGCGCCGAAAAUCACCCUUGGGUGAUGCAGCGACUGAAGCACCCGCACUAGAUGGAAGCAUAGAGUCACAGUCUAGAGCCAAUAAGGCCAUACUCCCUUCUACUAAGCCAUCUGCUCAAACUUCGGAUGUCGACAGCCUCACUUCUGGCAUGAAGAAGAUUAAAAUAAGUCUAACUACCGAGACUCAACGAGAAGCGAAACUACAAGCCAAACUAAGCCCUAAAAUUGGGAAGAGCACUCCAACUGAAGCAGUUAGACCUAGGUCAGCACGGCGGCCGAGUCGAGAUGGCUCAACCCCUGCUCCACCACCAUCUGAACCAUCAUACAACCCCGAGCAACCCUUAUAUUCUAAUCCAGUCGUUAUGGGCGAUUAUCUCCCACCAUCUCCUUCCACUCCCCAACCAGCUCUGCUAGCAACUCUCCCGCCGUACCUCCAGCAACCAACUGAAGUUCCCCUUCCAGCGAGUUCUCCUCCAAAUCCCUCGGAUCAUCUACCCACCACCUCUCACAUGAACUCGUCGCCUGAUCAGCCUAUGCCAGAUUCCUCCCGUACCUUGGAUCCCGUCUUUAUCUCCUACCAACCAGAGGGGCCCCCUCCAGAUGCUGUACCACGACAACAGCCCAUCCAUUGGCUCCCUCCCAACACAUCUACCCCUUCCCCAAUGAAGCGUGCCAAUCUUCCCGUCUUCACGAGUACUUCCGUCAUUCCAUUUGCUCCAAAUCCAAACGUCGGUACCCAGCCAUCGGCACAGGAGCCAAAGAAUGAUGAGGUACCUGCAAAGGAGGCAAGGGACGAGAAUAUUUGGGAUGUUCCCGAGACCCCACGGAAAUAA